CUGUAUUUUCUCAUACGCGAUUGAACAAAAAUGGCAGAUCAAAGCGCUUCACUGAAUCAGCUAUUCCGCCAACGUAUUGCUGGCUAUAUGAAAGCCAUUCUUAUCUUUAAUAGUUGUAAAUUAGCUGCAUCUAUUGGAGCUCUGGUCUCUGCAGUUUUUAUCAGACUAAACCUCCCCGGGAUUCUAGCAUACUAUUACGUGUUGCCUUUGGUCGGUGCUUCGGUGACAUUCAUCGCUUCAGCCGCUGUUGUUUAUAUGUUCAUUUCGGACGAAAGAAAAGAGCAUUUCAUAAGUAAUGUAAUCCUAUACCGCAUAGGAAUUAUUGUAUGCCAGAUACCGUUGGCUGUCGGAUUUGGUUUAAACAUCUAUUUAGUUUCUAUUUCUUCUUAUGCCUAUAUACCGUCUAUUGUGUACCUUGUCUUUUCUGGCCUCAUCAUAUUCUUCCUUGGAAUUGGAAGUUCGGUAUGCAUGCGAAGAGUUUACGCUAUCAAAUGGCUCAUGCUGAUUAACUCGGCCAGGAAUACUGUUCCUGCAUCUGCCAAUCAAUACCCGCCAGGAUAUGGGUUUAGUACUCCUUCGCCUUCGGUUUAACGUAAUUUAUCUUUUGUAUCUACUCAUUCAUUGCUUGUUGAUGCUAAGUUUUAAAUCAUUUUUAUGCUGACAAAUUAAUCAUCAGUGUAUAAAUGUCCAAAGUUUACUAAUAUGAUU